AUGAAAGGGACUUUGGAAGAAGGUUAUCAGUUCAGUCGGAGUGCAGAGGACAUAGUAUCCUUACAAUACUACAGUAACUGUGAGCUUGUACAAACUGUGGAGUCCUGUUGCUUGCUGUCACAAGACUCCAAUGUUGGUGGUGGUGUCAGAAAAUUCAACAUAUCAGGUGAUGUCUGGACUCUGGAUUCAGUAAUUUUAGUGAUGUGGGGAUGGUGGAGGUUGGCGGCAAGAAGGUCAAAACGCGUGACUCGCGUGUUAUUUGUUUCUAUUUGGCUACUCUUUGCCCGAAAAUCUGUCAGCCCAAUCUUCCUUAUAACCAUUAUGGAUCACGACUAUCCAAGGCUUCCGCGGCGGAAUCGUAGCGGGGACGAUCCAAAGAUGAUUGGACUAUGGAAGGUUGGAAGGACUAUUGGCAAGGGAAGCUCAGGCCGUGUAAGGAUCGCACGACAUUCAAAAACAGGACAAUGUGCCGCAGUAAAGAUUGUGUCACAAAACGUCCUCGUGAACCCUAUCACCAAGCUUGUCGACUCCGCGGAGCAUAUACUUCUCAGCAUUGAACGUGAAAUCACCUCCAGCGAGCUCUUCGAUUAUCUGUGCAACAAGGGGCGGCUAUACACCUUCGAAGCAUUGGGCUACUUCCAGCAAAUCAUCUCCGCAAUCGACUAUUGCCAUCGACUCAACAUUGCGCAUAGAGAUCUCAAGCCUGAGAACCUUCUCGUGGACCAAAACAAGAACAUCAAGGUCGCAGACUUUGGUCCAAAAAUGGAUUAUUUCAGACGGCAUGUGGAAGCCCUCAUUAUGCCGGAAGUCAUCAUGGGGAAGGAGUACAAUGGACGCGCUUCUGAUAUCUGGUCCUGUGGCGUGAUUCUAUUUGCCUUGCUUGUGGGACGCCUUCCGUUCGAUGAUGAGGACCUACCAACACUGCUAGAUAAAGUCAAGUCGGGAAAGUUUGAUAUGCCAGCCGGGAUCGAUCUCUUGGCCAAGGAUCUUAUCACAAAGAUGCUGCAGAAGGACGCUGUGAAGCGCAUCACGAUCCCUGAAAUUCUCGCUCACCCAUUCUACCUUUCCCAAAAGCCAAAGUCUGUGGACGCGAGCACGCCGAGGCUCAAUGAUAUAGCAAGACCUCUCUCUGACCUUGAAGACAUUGACCAAGAUAUUCUCGCGAACCUCCGCACGGUUUGGCACGAUACAUCCGAGGAAGACAUCAAAGCUAGCCUCAAGAGCUCCGAGCCAAACUGGCAAAAAGGCGUUUACCGACUGCUCACCAAUUAUCGGGACAAGCACUUGGAAAAUUACGACGAGGAAGAGGAGAUGGUGCAAAGAAAUAUACGUAGGAAGAAAUCAAUCGGGAAUGACCCUUAG